GUAUUGAGAAGAAAACGAUAACCUUAUACACAACAACCAAAACAGUGAAUUCAUUAAAGAUUGGGAUGAGUUCACUUCUUCAAGGAUGGGGAUAAGAGGUAUGCCCCAGGAGUGUCUAUCAGCAGCAGUUAGUGGGUAGCCGGCGGGGCUGGAGUAGGUAUGAACGGAGGCAGGUGUUCCCGAGGCGAGUAAAGUACGGGCAGGCUGUGUGGUCGGCUGAGAGGCUCGUCACACCACCAACAAGUGAACACUCAUUUCUUGUGGUGUAGCCUCUCGCCAUCACGGCCCCGGAAACACCCACUUCAAGGCACCGCGAUGACACUCCACACAGAGUGAAUGAGAAAACGUGUUCGGGGAUAUUGCUGUGACAAAGCAUUCGCUGCCCUUAGGGAACCUACUACAGGUGAUAAACAAGUGCUUUAAUAAUAAUGAUAUCGGGGAUGCCAGAGUGCAGCGGCGCCCCCUCUCCAGCGUGGUUAUUUCCUCCUACGUACAAGUUAAGUCUUAAAUAACAGCCUCUCACCCACCCCUCUAACUCAGAAGUGGGCAGAGAUAAACCACAACACAGCUGAUCAGAGAAUGCUUGCGUCAUCUUGGAGAAACGCCGCGAGGCAACAGUUACCGGUUCAGUUAUAUACGACAUUUCCGGGUCUAGAGGUGACCAGCGUUUGCGUCCAAGCAUGAGGUAACAGUGCUUGGCUUACUGUGUCCUCUUGUUGUGUAAAACAGCAGCUUGAGGUGGUUGUGUCUUGUCGCCGGGCUCGUGUUUACUGUAGCGAGGUCGAGGCGGCGUGGUGCGGUGAUACCUUGGGUGGGGGGUCCGGCCUACUGGGGUAUCGGCCCGCGUCGCCAGUGUAGCACACAGACUGAGGGGGUAAGGUGUUUCGUGGCUUUGUCUGCGGCUAUAUCCACGUGUCCAGCGCGGCCAUAACAAACGCGCGUCAGUUUUAUGUGACAUGGAAAACCAAGUGAGCAGUGACGGUGCCGCUAACCAGCACAGAGCCGCGAACGGGGACAGUUUGCAAAGGAAAAGAAGGAAAGUGAUUGUGUUUUCAGUGGAAGGCCAGGAAGUCACGGUCUGUGGUCAGCAUGAUAAGGUGGAGGGUGCUGACCUAGCCAGUGCUGGCCACCCCACCUGUCAGGCAAACCAUAACACUGUGGUGCCAGCACCCCCACGUGUCUUCAUAUCCCCGCCCACCGCCACUGAAACACCGGCUUGCGGCACGAACGGCCAGUGCGAGUCACAGGCAUCAUUUGCCGGGCUGCCCGCCGCCGCCAGCGCCAAAAAGGUGUCAUUAUUACCGGCUGGAACAAGUGAUCAGGUGCUUGUUGAGAAUGGUGGCGCCGCCGCCCCAGUGCACCAGUUUUUCCUUCCAUCUGACGACGAUGAGGAAACAGACGAAGUGAGGGAACUGUACGAGCAGGCCGGUACUCAGCAGGACGGGUCAGCGCCGCCCCCGUUAGGUCUCCAGAAUGGAAUAUUCCAGGAAGCUGCCCUCCCGCUACCCCCGGCGCCGUGCGGCAGGCCGGGUGUACAGUUCCUCGGCCCGAACCAUAUGUUCACCGUCGUGCCUGUCGGCAGCGGAGAGUUGCGGACUGAUAAAUCGGAAACAAAAAUUCCCGCUGCCUGCGCCGCCGCUAAUGUAGACGCUGACGUCUCCGUCAGGCGAGUGUCCUCGGCAAAAAGUCAGCUCUUCGCGACAUGCGGCCACCACUACUCCCCGUACGACACCUUGAGGGCUGCGCCUGGGGGCCGCAGGGUGUCCACCAGCCCCUACCAUACAAUUGGCAGGGGCGGGCAGGUAGCUGUGGCCUACAACCCCUACCACACCGUCACGGGCCUCAUGCCCUCGUCGUACCACCGUUCAGAGGGCGGCCUGCGGCGGGUGUCCACCUCCAAGCGGGAGUACGGCGUGGGCGGGGGCGGGGCCUCCGUGCCGCCCUCUCUGGUGAACGUGGUGCUCCCCCCGGGAUCCGCCGCCACCGGAGCGCCCUUCGCCUCGGGGCUGCACCGUGUGCGCACGUUGCCCUGCCCCCCCACGACGUCCAGAAAAUUGUCGAGGAACAUUACUCACAUCGUUGAUGGUGGAUCGAUGUCGGAGCACAACUCGGUGCACUCCCUCAACCAGAACACGGUGCACUCCCUCAACCAGAACACGGUGCACUCCCUCAACCAGAACACGGUGCACUCCCUCAACCAGAACACGGUGCACUCCCUCAACCAGAUGACCCUCCUCUCCGCCGGCGGCCUCAGCAUCGAUGUGGGUAGCACCGACGGGCGCAAUGUCAAGAUACACGGCGCCGUAGAGAGCCCCGAGCAGCUGCCGCUCCUGCCCACCAUCAGCGGGAGCGGUAAGAACGAUGCGUCGGCGGCGUCGGAGUCGCGGCAGACGUGGGAGAACAAGGCCCAGUUCGUGCUGGCCUGCGUCGGUUCCGCGGUGGGGCUCGGCAACGUGUGGCGCUUCCCUUACCUUUGCUACAAGAGCGGCGGAGGCGCCUUCCUCCUGCCCUACUUCGUGAUGCUGUUCGCGUGUGGCAUUCCGCUUCUGCUCAUGGAACUGACGGUGGGCCAAUACACUCGCCGGGGACCGAUCGCCGCUCUGGGCAAGUUGUGUCCCCUCUUCAAAGGCGCGGGCGUGGGCACGGUGGUCAUCUCGUUCCUUCUCAGCACGUACUACAAUGUCAUCAUUGCGUGGGCUAUCUACUACCUAGUGCAGUCCUUCUUCUCAGAGCUGCCCUGGACUAGCUGCAACGCCACCUGGGCUGUCAACUGCUUCGACGACUACGGCCCGAACAUCACGGCACCCAAGGGAAUGAAAUCAGUCACCGAGGAAUUCUUUGAUGAGGUCGUGCUGGAGAAGACGAGUGGCAUCCAUGAGAGUGGAGGGUUGCGCCUGGAGCUGGUCCUCGCCCUCUUUUUGGCAUGGAUGCUCGUGUACUUCGCUCUGUGGAAAUCAGUGAAGUCUUCUGGACGUACAGUGUAUGUGACGGCCACGCUCCCCUACCUGCUCAUCGGCGCCUUCAUGUGGCGCGCCCUCACCCUGCCCGGAGCUUCCAAGGGGUUGCAGUACUUCUUCAACCCUCGAUGGGAACUCCUGGGAUCUGCUGAGGUCUGGGUCAAUGCAGCUUCUCAGAACUUCAACAGUAUUGGCAUAGCAUUUGGCUCAAUGAUUGCAUUUGCAUCAUACAACAAAUUCAACAACAACAUUGUUGUGGACACUUGGACCAUCGGCCUCAUCAACAGCAUCACGUCCCUAUUGGCUGGCACUAUCGUCUUCUCCACGCUGGGCAAUAUUGCUUUUGAACAGGGCAAAGAAAUCGAUGAUGUUGUUGCCGAAGGUCCUGGUCUGGUGUUUGUGGUGUACCCUCAGGCACUAGCCAAGAUGCCGUAUGCCAAUGUAUGGGCGGUGCUCUUCUUCUGUAUGUUGCUCAUGCUUGGGGUGGACUCACAGUUUGCCACAGUGGAGGUUAUAGUCACAUCCCUGACUGAUGCAUUCCCAAACUGGAUAAAGAAAUACUUGCGGCGACACGAGUUUUUGGUGUUGAUUAUUUGUAUCGUGUCCUUCUUGCUGGGCCUCCCCAAUGUUAUGCGAGGUGGCAUCUACUACUUCCACUUGAUUGAUUACUACACAGCUGCCAUCUCCCUCAUGUACCUGGCCUUCUUUGAAGUUGUGGCAAUUGUCUGGAUAUACGGGGCCAACCGUCUUGCCCGCAAUGUUCAAGAGAUGACUGGCCGUUUGCCAUCCCUCUACUUCCGUUGCUGCUGGUACAUUGCUGCUCCAUUACUGAUUCUAACAAUAUGGGUAUUCUCCAUGGUGGAUUACAAGCGCCCAUCAUAUAAUAAAGGAGAGUAUGCAUAUCCAGAUUGGGCCAUAGGAAUUGGAUGGAUCUUCGCUUCAUGUUCCAUCGCUCCAAUCCCAAUAUUUGCAGUAAUAGCUAUUGUCAAUGCCAAGGGAACAACUUUAUUGGAGAAAAUAAGAAACUCUGUCGUAUCUCAAAUUGAGGAAUGCAGGUGCUGCGGUGGUGCCGUCAACUGUCUGGACACAACACACAACCACAGCAGUUCAAAGGAACAAGUCAAGUUGGUGGUGUAUAGUCCAGACUCGGGUAACAACAUAGGCUGUACUACUAAGGUUGACCACCUCAAGGAAACAGAAAUGAAUGGAGAAAAUAUCAUGUGAUUUUUACUUUGAGUUUGGGAUAUGGAUAUAUUACUAUACUAAUUUUCUAGGAAGAGGUAAGAAUGUAUACGUGUGUAAGUGGUUCAUAUUAUAAAAUCUGGAAUGCUGCAUUCAAGAUAGUCAAGCUAUGAAAUCAAAUGCCUGUAUCAUUUGUGAUAUUCUUAUCACUUUAGUUUAUGAAGUGAUAUACUAUGUAUUGACUUCCAUAUUUCUUGUGCCUUGAUAUGUAUAUAGUUGACAGUAGUGGUUCUUUUGUAAAAUGACAGAUUUAUUCAUCCUUCUAAAGGAUGAUAGCCUUAUUUUAUCAACAGAUUUGCUAAAUCUGAAAUAAUACUUUUAGUCCUCUUUCCACCUUUUAAGGUAAAUCUUCAUUCAUGUAUGUUAUUUUUAUUAGUGGUAGCAAUUAUAAUCCAAAAAUAUCCUUAAGUUUGCUUAGGACAAACUUCACUGUGAUGUGUCAAACUUGCAACUGAAGCCUGGCUGCAAUAUGAAUCCUAACCAACUUCAUUUAUGCCAGUUGAAAGAUGCACAGGCAUCAUUACUCACUUCAAAUCUAGCAUUUGACAUCAGCUAGUACUAAACAGAAUAAAAAUUUACAGCCAGACACAAACUGCAAGUCCCCUGUAAAAUGUAUGACUUUACCCCCAUUCCAGUACAUCCUACUACCCCUACAGAUGUGCUGUUGUUGACAGGUUUCCAUGUUCAAUAAAUGACUUGUUUAUUA